CUCCUCCUCCUCCUCCUCCCGUCCCUCCCUGGAUGCGCGGCUGCCGGGUGAGAGCCGGGAGCGCAGCGCUGCGCCUUGCGCGCACCGCCCGGAGCCGGGCAGGAUGGGGUGCGCGGGGCUGCGCGUCGUGGUGCUCAGCUGCCUCCUGUCCGCGGUAUCCAGCACGCGCCCAGAGUGCAGCAUCAUGCUGGAGAUUGAAGAGGAACGCAACCAGUGCUUGGCAGAGAUCGCUGUGGAUAAUCAGACCUCAGGUUGCAGGAGGCAAUGGGACAACAUCACGUGCUGGCCUGAAGCGCAGGUGGGAGCAGUUGUGGUGAAGCCAUGCCCAAAGUACUUCAGAUUCCUCACCGCUUUCCUUGGAAAUGUGACCAGGAAUUGCACAAGUCAGGGCUGGACAGAUGUGUACCCCGCACCGUAUACUGUAGCUUGUGGAUAUGAUUCCAACAGCACUCCAGGAGAAGAGCAAACGGCAUUCUAUGGCACAGUCAAGACCGGCUACACCAUUGGACAUACCUUAUCGCUCAUUGCUCUCACUGCUGCUAUGAUCAUUUUAUGUCUCUUCAGAAAGCUACACUGUACUCGAAAUUAUAUUCAUAUGCACCUCUUCAUGUCCUUCAUAAUGAGAGCCAUCGCAGUCUUCAUAAAAGACGUUAUCCUAUUUGAAAGUGAAGAACCUGAACACUGCUUUGUGAGCUCAGUAGGCUGCAAAGCCAUGAUGGUUUUCUUCCAAUACUGUGUCAUGGCCAACUUCUUCUGGCUGCUGGUGGAAGGGCUGUAUCUUCACACCCUGUUGGUCAUCUCCUUCUUUUCGGAGAGGAAGUACUUCUGGUGGUACAUCUUGAUUGGCUGGGGUGCCCCCUCUGUGUUCAUCACUGCUUGGACUAUUGUGAAGAUUUACUUUUUCAACGUUGGGUGCUGGGAGGAAAUAAUAGAAUCCCCCAUCUGGUGGAUCAUUAAAACUCCUAUUUUGGUGUCUAUUUUGGUGAACUUCAUUCUCUUCAUUUGCAUCAUCCGUAUCUUAGUCCAGAAGUUGCAUUCCCCAGAUGUUGGACACAAUGAAACCAGCCAAUAUUCGAGACUGGCCAAGUCCACCUUGCUGCUGAUCCCUCUCUUUGGCAUUCACUACAUCAUGUUUGCUUUCUUCCCUGACAAUUUCAAAGCAGAAGUUAAGAUGGUCUUUGAGCUCGUGGUUGGGUCGUUCCAGGGAUUUGUGGUGGCGGUUCUGUACUGUUUCCUCAAUGGGGAGGUCCAAGCUGAGCUCAAGCGAAAGUGGCGGAGGUGGCACCUGGAGCGGUUCCUGGGCUCAGACAUGAAGUAUCACCACCCUUCCUUAGGCAGCAACGGCACCAACUUCAGUACCCAGAUCUCCAUGCUGACCAAGUGCUCGCCAAAGACACGCCGGUGCUCUGGCUUCCAGGCCGAAUUCUCUCUGGUGUGAUGGGGAGAGGCUCUCCAAGUACUGAGCAUCCAAGGGAGAGAAGGAUCCCCAGGAACCAGUGACACAUUGACAAACCCUUGUGAAAUGACGUGCUCCGCAUGAGCCAACAGAGGACAAAAUACUGGGAAAGCCACUGGCAUCCAGAACAAGAUCAGACAAGCUAAGAGGCAGAGAAAUACUGUUCCUCUCCCUCUUUUCAGACCUUUUGCUCUGAGUUGGUGCCCUCGGGGGCUGAUAACUAUGAGUAAAGGUCCCUGUCAAUUGAGGAGAGCCUGGGAGAUCCUAUAAUAAGUACUGAAGUAAGGGGGGAAAGGGAGGGGAGAGCCUGAGUCCUUGGUGGCUUUACCAGAACCGGCAUCUCUGAAACAGAUAAAUUGCACUUUUUAAAAGAUUACAAAAAUGAGCCAGUAAAGGAGAGAGGGAGGCAAGAAGUGAAAAAAAGGAAAUAAAUAAAACUUCUGAAUGUGCCAAAAGCCCAUUUAAGAGGUGGUGAUAAGGCACCAAAGAGAGUCGGAGAAAGCAAGAAGGGACAGGAGGAACAUGAGCAGGAAGGGGACAGGUCAGCACACGGCCCCUGCCCUGUGUUUUACCUGUACGAAGAAGAAGCUGCAGCACCAGGAAAGCCCCUUGGAGGAUGCCCCGAUGUUGGAGCAAGUUCUGCUAAUUGCUCACUAUCUUCAUUAGCAAAAGGUUUCGGAGCGCCGUUGGGUGCCCUCUGGAAAAGCAGUUUGCUGAGGAGCAGCACAAAUGCCCUUCUCUGCACUGCGUUCAUGGCAUCGUGUCUUGUUUGGUUGUUUUCAAUGGACAGGAAACUUGAUUUGCAUGUAUAAAAACCAGGUACAGAUGCCAAAAGCAGAGACUGGCUGUGUUUUUCAUUCUUUUUAAGUUCGCCCAUCGAUCUUGGUGCAUUACUGCACCCAGCAUCAUUAGGGAUCAGGGGAAAGCAAUUGGUCUGUAAUUCGUUUGCACUUGCUUAGCACACACUGCCAGGGAAGGGAGAUGUAGAACCCUGUAAUCCUUAAUUGAAUCAGACCUGCCAUAAGGAGCCACUCUCCAGAUGAAAAAAAUUAGCUUCACAGCAGCGAGCAAAAUUGCUUUCAUCAAAACAAGGUUGGCUCAGCACGUAACUGGCACUCCAGGAGUCAGGAAGGAGCGAAGGAGCUAUUAAAUUGAUUUAUUCUUCAGCUUUUACAGGGAGCUUUCAUCCUGUGAUGAAGGCACUGUUAGAUCUUUAAGAUGUGCAUGUGCAUUUUACAUCUUUUUUUGAAGGUCUAUUAGUUUCCAUAUUGGGGCAAUCCCUAUCUGAGGAAUGCACAUAGAGCCUGCUAAAACCAAGGGAAUAGUGGUAUGUUUUUUUUUCUUUUCUUUUCUCAAUGGAGGGGAGAAGGAGAAAGGUGAAACCAAAUCCUGCUCAGAUAUGCUGAGCUGGCAGCUCAUGGGGCAUCACAUCACAGCUCACACUCCCAGGCAAUUCCACAAACCCAAACUUUGAAAAUAGCACGAGGAUGCAGAUGCUGACAGUUGUGUCCCACCCAAUUGCUUUUGAUUUGGGGUUAUACCAGUUGUGCACUGGUGGUGGAAAAUCCAAGAUCUCAACUUUUCCACCAGGUAUUAACAACAAAUGGACUUUCUUCAAAAUUAAGUUGUAGUUCCUUGAAGGGAAACUUCUUUAUUUAAUGGGUUUCAGGUUUUUGUUUGUUUGUUUGUUUGUUUGUUUCUUGUUUGCUUGCUUGCUUGAAGCAUCUCCGAUUCAUUGCCAACAAAACACACUGAGCCCAGGAGGAGGGCUGCAGACCAGGACAUCCCGUUCCUUUCUCAGUUCUGAGGAGCUGUUGUUCCAUUGCAUAUCCCUCCCUGAAGCCAUACUUGUCAUCAUCUGAGCUGGAUGUUGCCAAAAUGUUUCUCUGCAUGUGGGACUGAGGACAGCAAAGAGGGACAAAGUCAGUAAGGGGCACCAGAUAGCCUGAUAAAACUGCUCUGAGGGGUAGAUGUACUCAUGGGUUUCCAGCAAGCUAGCUAAGAUGCUGUCACAGUGUAACCAUGGCUAUCCAACGUGAAAAAAACUAAGAGAAUAUGUAGAUAUUUGUGAAGAUCAUGCGGAGCUCCAUGUUCCUGGAAUUAAACUGCUGACAAGACUGCAGGCUAUCCAGGGACAAGUUAUCCUUGCUAUGGCUAUAUUGCACUGAGACCAUAUCAUUAGCAGUCAGAAUCCAACACUGAUGUGUCAUGAGGUCUUCAAAAUCCUCUUAGCAGUUCUCUAAUUCCUAAAAUCCAGAAAAAAACAAGAGGGUGUUUAAAAUUCCCACGUUGCUUGCACCAAAGCCCUUAUGGCCUGACACCCCAAGGAGCAAGGUCCCCAUUGAAAUCCCCUUGUGGAUCUCAGAGGCCGGAACUUCAUGUUUGGAGCUGGUGCUGCUGUGGUGAGUGCAGUCAGACCUGGAUCAGGACUCACACAGAACCUGCUGAAGUCCCACGAGCACGACCAAUUCUCCCAUGCAUGGUUCAAAGCAGAGAUUGGACCCAGCUCUGCACUUCACCACAUGAAGGGCCAGCUGCUGGGAUGCCCGGGAGAAGGGGGGGGAAAGCUCUCAUUCAAUUUCCAAGUUACACUUGCUGUAAAAUGUUUCAUGGCGUUGUAAACUGGUUCAGAGUUUGGGAGCAGCAUCAAUCUGGGAAAGACCUGAGUCCUCAGGCUGCAAUGUCAUGCCUUCUUUAUCUGUCAUGGCAGUAGCUCUCAAUACCCAGCAAAACUGGUGUGCUGCAGAGGAGAACUGCCUAAUCUUGUCCGUGCCUAAGGUGUGAACAUGAAUCCCAGGUCCCAGACAAGCAAAGCAGCGACUUUAAGCCCAAAGCUGUUGAGCACAAGUGGAGCACCACUGGCAGCAGCCUCCUGCCUGAGAUGUGAGGGAAACCAGUCCCAUUUGUCUCAGGCAGCAUCUCUAUGGGAGAACAUCCCUGCCUGGGAGCCUCAAGCAGGGUGAGUUUCAGUCCUGUGCUUACCUGUGCCAGCAUCAACAACAUGCCAAAGGCAGCAGGAAGAGGCUUGCUUUUUAGAAACAUGACAGGGAAAAAAUUGGCCAGUUAUCCAUGCAACAGGCUCCUCUGCAGCCCCUGAGCUGCACCACCAGCCUGAAGAUAGGCUGCGGCCUAAACUGAGGAGCUCCUUCAGAAAUUAACUACAUUAACAUGCCAGCAACAGCGCUCCCAGGCAUCCUGCUCGCAAUCAUUUAAUCACUGAAAAUCCAACAGCAUUGCCAUUAUGCUGUCAGGGGUGUUGAAGGGUUGAAAUGGAUGUGGUGAAUACCUGCUGUGACAGGCAUGGCAAUCCCUGGGAUGCAGACAGGGCAGAGCUGCCAGCCUGGCUGCACUGGCCCCGUAUUUCAGGAGAAGAGAGGAGCCGGGGAUGAAAUGAGAGCUUUUCUCUCUGGGGAUAUGAGCAAUCAACUGAUGGGAAAAUUAAAAAAAAAAAAAAAAAUGUUUCUCAUGCCUGCUCUGGCUUUCGAACUGGGCCCUUGUUUAGGUGACUUAGUGCAGGAAUGUUGCUGGAUAACUUGGCCUCUCUGCUCUGAUGUUUUUUUUCUCCCAACGCAUCAAUAACAUAGAGUUCAUGGACCUCGCUGCAACCCCAAAUGACAACCCAAACCACGUUGUGCUAAAGCAAUGCAGAAUACACGACACCGUGCUCAGAGCUACAGCUGUUUGUCACAAAGCACAAGUCUGACCUCUUUAACUCAUGGUAAGACAGGAACGACUCCGGUGAAUGCAACGGAGUUAUUUCAGUACAAAAGAAGUUGAGGAGGUAUAACUGGAUGUGUUAAGCUUUUUGACGUGUUUGAGGAUCUUGAAUUUGGACUCCAAAACCCUACAGAAAUCAGGCCAAAUUCUGAUCCUGCAUGCGUCCAUCAGUUCACUACAGUGACUCCUGAUUUACACAAGCUUGAAACUGGAAUUUGACUUUAGAAGAAUUCCUUUAUCUUCAGCCUGGAACUGUUUACUCUCAUUUUAUACCAGCGAGAGAUCAAAUCCAAUCCUGUUAAUUAGUCACUCAAGGUUUCAGUGAUUAAACUCUUAAUUAUUAUAUGUGUGGAACAAUUAAAUUAUAAAAAUUAAUUUUCUUAAGGUCUAGAGGUACAAAGUUCAAUGCUAACUUUAGACUAGAUAUUUCUAUUCAGCGGGGACCUAUAUAGCUCAGUGGACCUCUCAUAACCAGCUAGAAAUGAGAAUAUGACCACAUUUAGGGUUUGAAAAGGACCAGUAAAGAAAUUUUAGGCUGUGGCAGAAUUUCAGGGCAUCAAAUUGAAAUGAGGUUUUAAAAACAGAACUAAGUGCAGCAUAGUACUGCAGUUUUGAAA